AUGUCUCUUCUAGAAACAGUCUGUCUCUCGCAUGUGCCCGACAAUAUCCCCGUGCAUGUCGCGCUCUACAAGGACCUGAAAAACGCCGGUUUCUUGCGGACGCAGCUUAUAUCUGGCAACGCAGAUUUUCAGUAUGCAUUCAUUGACGCUAGCGUGAUUCUCUCGAGGCAGCAUGUCUUUGCUGCAGUCUUUAGGGCCGUUAAUGACCACAUAAAUGACCGUUUAAUAUCAUACAAUGUGCAUUCGGAAAUAGUUGUCUCUCUCAGCCCUACUAAUAAUAUAGCAGACUCGUUUCGCAGAUUCGGCAUUACAGACGCUACCAAAAACUUGCUCGUGGUCAAAGUGUCAGUGAAUCCAGAGGUCACACACGAGUCGGUCGCUAAACAUCUUGAGAGUGUUGUGGAAGCAACACCUGUACCCUUCACCGACGAAACACUUUCCCUGAUGUCUGAUCUGGGGAGGAUCCGGAAAAUAUACAAAAUCAGCCAGCCAGCUGGAAAACUGGGAAAUGGCGAGGUUGUUAAUGGCACGAGAGCGUUAGAGGCGCCUAUUAUUGACACUGAAAAAGUGAGCUUGUCUAGUCCGUUGCCCCGGCGGGAUUUCCCCAGCUUUGCCCAAGGCCCUCAACUGCCCGCCGCGAGAAUCUUUCGACAUACAACAUCAACAUCCAUCCUAUACAACAAACCUUGCCAUGCAGGGUAUUGCUCGCCUGCUCACAAAAUGAGUAUCUUUAGGCCAGCGACCGGUAUACCUCCAAACAUGACCUCAAACCUCGAAGCCAUAGUGAUCCCUUCGUCCUCGCCGGAACAGAACUGGGCUCGAUCAGUGUCGCCAUGCACUCCAGCACGUCUUUUUGGGCUCCCUCCGCUGAGCUCUUCUCCUCCCUCGCUGCCGCAGCCCUCUGAAGUACUUAAAAGCGUUGUCACGGGACAGUCGGAGCUGCAGUCGCCUCUCACCAGGAAUAUCGCGAAAGCCAAUGCUUUGUUAAGUACUAUAGAUAAACAUAACACCAAUGAACCUUCUACAAGGGCCGUGCAAUUGGGUACCUCGAAAGCGAAGACAGCGCGGAACCGGAAGACCGCAAAGCCCCAGGAGACACAGAACAAGAUUCUCAAAGGACGAGUCGCGAAAGCUGCAGUCUCCAAAGCAAAACCAAUAGCAGAUGACAAGAAUACAACAAACUCUCAACAAAAGGAUGUCAGCAAUACGCCAAAAGCAGACAGGGAGAGAACCCUGGACUUGGAGGGACUAAAUCUAGACGAAGCUUUGAGGCGGCGGUUAGACUGGACGCCUCCAAAGAGUGCGCCUGUCAUCUCGCUUGACGAGGAUAGCGUUUCUCAGAGUAGCUGCACGAAUACUAGUUUUGGCGACAUUCUACGCGAUUACCAUUACAAUCGAAAAUCCAGCCUUCCCGAAUCCAUGCCGACGAGAAAAGAAGGCAAGGCUACGAAACGACGACGGUUAGAGCUCGUUGAGUUUGAUAUACAGCAAGCAAAGCUCCCAAACAAGCAACAAACAGAGAAACCAAAGAAAGACUCAGAGACUCGCAAGACGAAAGCAAAACCCCGAAAACCACCAAAGACUAUAACGGCGCGCGUGACAGCGCGCUAUGAGCCCAUCGAUGAUCCUCUAGAAGUACUGUCGUGCGACGAAGAACCGUUAGAUGGCGCUGAUGAUACUGCCACUAAGAAAAAGCCUACCAAGCAGAAAAAGAAAAGGUCUGCAAAACAAAACGAACCUGAACAUAUAAUACUCUCACCAGAUGCCGCCACCAAGUCUCUAAACGAUCAGAAUUUCCUAUUUGGAACCUGUAGCCAAUUAGAACGAGAUGGCCCUCCUACAUCCUUCGAAGAAACGCAAAAAGCUCUAUGGAUGUCCAAGAGCUUGGUUUCUGAAAAAGCUUCUAGAGUUUCAUCGUCAUCAAGAAGCGUUGCGACUAGAUUCACGGGUACAAAGAGUCAUUGGAAUGUAGCAGCUCGAGACUUUGAUGGCGCUGUGGUGCAGCCUGAGAUCAUAGAUAUGACCAACUCUCCCUACACUUCCAUUACUUUCGACCGAAUAACGUCGGAGACAGCCAAACGUGAUGCGCCAAAAGCAAAUUCGCCUGUUCCUUCCUCGCGUAUUCUCAAAUCAAACCUAACUGUCAACAAAGACGAGCCAUUGAACACUAUUUCACGGACAGAUACGCAGCACGCUUCUUCCAACCACAAAUCCGCUGUCGUCGAGCAUGAUAUCACAUCUUCUACGGAACAGCCUCAGACUCGACCGCCGGACAUGCCCAACUUUAACGGCUACACAGAUACAGAACUCAGUAAACAGAUUGCAGCUUACGGUUUCAAAGCCAUCAGGGGGCGGAAGAAGAUGAUUGAUCUACUUGAGAAGUGCUGGCAGAAUAAACACGACAAAGCAAAAAGUGCUGUCUCUUUGCCUACCGCAAAUUCAGAGGUCGUUUCUGCUGCUGCUUCCACGAGUACUGUUGUUGGUGAGCAAGCUAGAGAAAAGCCAUCAGGGAAGAGCAAGAAGACGAAGCUAUCCGAUUCUGAGCCCAAAGCUUCAAAGAAAAAGAAAACCUAUAAGCCAGCAACCAAGACGAACAAGAAAUCUGAAGAGAAAUCCUCUUCUCUACCGGAACCUACGUCGAUUAUCACAAUAGACGAAAUCCAGGACUCUGAAGAAGAGAUCAUACCGUCUCCGACUCGGAUACGCAUGCAGCGAGAGGGCAGUAGUCGUCAAACCACGCCCGUUAUCAGCUGUCUCACCCUCGGCAACAAAGGUAAACGGUCAUUAGCUUCUUCCAAAACUUCAACCACGUCCAAUACGGAUGCAUCCAUUCCAGAUCUGUUUGGCCAGAUUACCAAGGCUAUUCGCCUACAGCAACGGCCACAGAAGUCUUCCCAACAAGGCAGACUAAUAGAACGACUUACGUGGCACGAAAAGAUACUCCUGUACGACCCCAUAAUACUGGAAGAUCUUGCGACCUGGCUCAACACUGAAGGCUUUGCCUUGGUUGGCGAGGAUGGUGAGGUCAGCGCAGGAUUUGUUCGAGGCUGGUGCGAGAGUCAAGGCAUUUGCUGCACGUAUAGGAGUUGA